UCCCCAGCUAUUGCUACCUUCUUUUCUAGAUAAUUUUGAAUAUAAGGAGUUACUUAGACUUGUCUUGAGUUCAGCGGUGCCCUGCCCAAAUCAGAAUUCACUUUGUUUGGGUGGAAAUUCUGCAAGUAUUUCUUACUGGGGUUCUUUCUAGCAUGAUCUAGUGGUUAGAUAAUAGGAUUGUGAGUCAAAAGAUCUGGAUUCUAUUCUAAGCUCUUUCAAUGACCCACUGUAUGAUUUUAGCAAAUCACUUAAAGUGAAAUCCUAGCCCCACUGAAGUCUAUGGCAAAACUCCCAUUAACUUCAAUAGGUUCAGGAUUUUGCCCUUCACCUCUGUGUGCCAGUUUCCAUAUACCUACCUUACAGGGGUUGUGAUGCUUUAUUAAUACUUGUGAAACACUAUGAAAUCUUUGGAUGGAUGAUACUAUAGCAAAUACUAAUUUUUGAUUUGUUAUGUUAGAAAUAUUUGUAUAGGUUAUGCUCCGAGGUUAAGGGAGGAAGCUUGGGUUGCAUUGUUUCCCACCCCAUCCUGUUAACUUCAUGCAGUGAAACCUCAGGGCCAACUAUCUGAACCAGAGCAAAGUUCAACAGGGUUUGAUUUUUUUUUUUGCUAGUUCAAAAGGAACCCUCUGAUGCAGUUCAAAGAAAAGGAGUACUUGUGGCAGCGUUGUGGAAUUUAAUUCCAGGUAUUUGAUAGAAACAGUACUUCAGUGAGGGGUGGAGUAAACGAUGAGAGCACCACAUUCUAGUGCCACAGAACAGCCCCGGUUUUAUGGGAAAUAAUCAGUUUGCCUGAGAGACACCACAGAGCUCUCCAUGUGACCAGCUACAGAGCUCUCCAUGUGGCCAGGACACUUAAAGCAGUUUUUACCCCCCAGUGGUGAAGGACGCUCUGACCAAUGGAACCCCGGAUUCCCCACAACAUAACUGUAGUCCCAAACUCUGUCAUGGUACAGCCAUUACUGGACAGUCGGAUCCCCUAUGGGAGGCUGCAGCAUCCACUCACCAUCCUGCCUAUUGACCAGAUGAAGACUACUCACAUGGAGAAUGACUACACCGACAAUCCCAGCCUGGCCCAGCUGGCCACCCAGAAGCACCCCAGAGGCCACCAUGAACUCGCGCUGAUCAGCCAGCACCUGCAGAGAUGUGAGCAGGAUGUCACCCACCCCUGGAUCUCUUUCAGUGGGCGGCCCAGCUCCAUCAGUAGUAGCAGCAGCACGUCUUCUGACCAGAGGCUCUUGGAUCACAUGGCGCCGGCCCCCGUGGUGGAGCAGUCCUCCCCGAGAGCAGUUCGGAUACAGCCCAAGGUGAUUAAUUGCAAACCCAUGGAUCUGAAGGGACCCAUGUCUCAGGAGCUUGACAAGCACUUUUUACUGUGUGAAGCCUGUGGGAAAUGCAAGUGCAAGGAGUGUGCCAUGCCGAGGACUUUGCCUUCUUGCUGGGUGUGCAACCAGGAGUGUCUCUGCUCCGCACAGAACUUGGUCAAUUACUCCACGUGCAUGUGUCUGGUGAAGGGAGUCUUCUACCACUGCACUAACGAGGAUGAUGAGGGCUCCUGUGCAGACCACCCCUGCUCCUGCUCCCAUUCGAACUGCUGUGCCCGCUGGUCUUUCAUGGGUGCCCUCUCUCUGGUCCUGCCUUGCUUGCUGUGCUACCUGCCAGCCACCGGCUGCGUGAAACUAUCCCAGAGAUGCUAUGACCAAGUGAGCCGGCCCGGAUGUAGAUGUAAAAACACAAACAGUGUCAUCUGCAAGGUGGCGCUGGAUGGCAAAGCAAGCAGGCCAGAAAAGCCUUUCUGACCAUUGCAGGGGGAGGGGGGAUAUGAGAAAAGUGGAAAAAACACCAGAGGGGAGGUUAUAACCUGUGUUCUGAGGAUAACAUAUGUUAGCCUUUUGCCAUCAACAAAGAAAGCCGAAGUAACUAUUUCCAUAAACUGAAGCACUUUGGGUUAUUCAGGGUUUUGGAAUUGAUUAUCUAAAGUUAAACAGAGGGGGGGCCAAUGGAGGAGGAUUCUUAAUACUUUACAGAGCCCAGGCCAAAAACCAACACAGAUCACAGAGAACAGCUGCUUAAAAAGUCUUUUCACCAUCUGGUUCAUAGUGCUGGCUGCUCGCUGUGCCUACAUCCAGCAAGAAUAAUUAACUAUUAGCUUGACAGGCACAUCAGCAGAAGCAAUAUUCAUUUUCAUUCACAAAACAAUAGUGGAUUCAGAGUAGAGUCUGUUUUCUUCCUUUUUCAACUCUGAUGUGUUACCAGCAGCCUGUUGAAAGUAAAGGGUUAACCUUUUUCUCUCCACUUGACUAUUAAAAGGGCCAGUUGAGUACAAAGUAAAUGUUUCCCCAAAGCUUUUUCCUUCACCAUUCCAGAACAGAUUUUGAAGCAGAAAUAUCUUUUUUCAAAUCACUUUCUAUAACUAACUGUUAGGUAUAUUUCUAUUCCUACCCUACCCAUCACUUUCCCCUUUUGAUGCCGAUUUUGUUUUCUGACAGAGGUAGUGAUAUGGAAUCUCUCUCCCCCUCACUUUGCCCCAAUAAAAGGACUAUGGGCAUAAUGUGUUCUCCCCCCCACCCAUGACAAUUUCUUUUGAAAAUUUACAUUGUCAUUCUGCUAGUGAGCUUAAGUGUGUAGCCUCAGAUGUCACAUUUAGUAGAUUUUAAAAAUAUAUUAUGACAUCAAUAGUAAAACUUUUUCCAGGGGGCUUUGAAUGGAUUCGACCUCUGUAGUAUGAUUUCUUGCUCAGCAAAUGCUGAUGCAGAAGUCCCACUAAGCUGAGAAAUUUGAUUUUUGUUUCUCCCCCCCCCUUCUCAAACUGUAGUAGCAAGGUCAAGAAAAACUGAGCACAAUCCACAAGUACAAAUUUUUUAAAUGGAUAUCAAUCCAAUACCUGUUCUUCUGGAACAAGCUCUUCAGAUCUACUUUGCUGAUAAUAUUAAGGACACUUUUUUGGGGGGCAGAAUGACAUUUGCUUGAAGUAUUUUUUUCCCCUUCAUUUCUAUUGCUGCUGCUCAACUUUUGCUUUUUCUGUAUAAUAGUGUUUCUUUGUAAAGUGUAAAUAGAGAAAUUAACAAGUGUCUAUUUUAGUGUUAAUGAGUACUGGGAGAAGUCAAGGGUGCGUAUUUAUGGAACCUUGCCCUUGGUUUUCAGUAGCUGGCGAUCAUAGGCUUUGUCUAUGCACUCGUACAAGGGCCAGCUCUGCACUCCCUUAUGCUGCAGUAACCCCUUUCUUUUGACAACUGCAAGGUGCUAAACAAAAAACUUUGUCCUAACAUGCAACAAAUCAAAUAGCUAGGUACUUGUUGCAUGCUGAAAGCUGAUCUAAUCUGUGUGUGUGUGUGUGUGUGUGUGUAUAUUUUUUUUUAAAAUUAGAGGAAAUGUACUCUGUAAAUACACAGCAAUGACAGAGAAAUGUCAUCUUUAAUUAGAUAAGCAAUAGGCAAAGCUUAUGUAGCAUUUUCCAGAAAUCACAUUUGCUUGAUUGUGAUACAAUUGCUGUUUUGUUUUUUCAAAAUGUACUGAUUGGAGCUUUUUUAAAAAUUUUAUUUUUUACUUAAGAAUUCAUUUAUGAGCGGGUGACUUUUUUUUGUUAUGUUUAAUUGUAGAUAUUUAUUAAGCGGGGAAUUGUUUUUUAAAAAAACUUCCUUUUUAUAUUUAUAGCAUUAGCUGGCUUGUUUAUGGUAAAUCAUAGAAAAAGGGAUACUGCAUCUAUGUUACCAGAUCUUGAUUCCUGUAGCUUACCCUCACCAGGAAGAUACUGUGUGUGCAUUGAAGGGGUUUGUCUGUUUAAUCUUUCACAGAUCAGAGGGAAUCUUGCAAAGAAAAAAAGAAAAGAACCUCAAACUGGUUGAACUGCUGGUUGAAUGUAUAAGGCAUUGCUAUUUAAUGGAAUGAUAUAUAAUUUUCUUAAAGUACAAA